ACGUGAUUGGUCGAGCAGAAAUUGAAGCGUCGUUUGAAUUGAAAGCUACUGGUUUUUGUGCUGCUGUCUGUGGAACUUAAUUAACAAAGGAGAAAACGGGAGCGGACACCGUCGUUGGUAUUUUUUCUACCCGUUUUACAAGGGGUCACAGUCAGCCUGUGACCUCUGGACUUCUCCUGUUCUGCCUUUCACCUUUGUGUCAGAGAGCAUGACUCGCCAUAAACCUGGCAGCCGCAGAAAGAGCCAUACCCCUGUCCACCGCCCCCCAGUGCCAGCCCCUAAAACACCUCAGUCAGCAGUUGUCUCCCCAAGGCGAAGUGGACCUUCAUCUGAACCAUCAGGUCGGACUGCGGGGUCCCCCAAAAAGAGGAGGUUCAGACCAGGAACGAGGGCCCUGAUGGAGAUCCGGAAGUACCAGAAGAGCACUGAUUUCCUCAUUAGGAAGACGUCAUUUGCCCGCCUGGUUCGGGAGGUGUGUCAAAGUUUUUCCAUAAAUGCUUUCCGGUGGCAGGUCUAUGCACUCCUGGCUCUGCAGGAGGCUGCAGAGGCCUUUCUUGUCUUGCUCUUGUCAGAUGCCAACUUGUGUGCCAUCCACGCCAAGAGAGUCACAGUAUUCCCACGGGACAUUCAGCUGGCCAGGAGGCUCCGUGGGGUGGAUCGCAUGUAACGUCCACACAACAGCUGAGAGAAUCCCAGCAGCUUUUGGAUACUCGUGGCUUGGUCCCCAUUUCCACAUCUUUUCUGCUGUGUUGAUUCAGUGCCCAGUUAAAAUUUAAAAACUGGUUUUAAAUAGGCUUCUGAAAGCAAGACAGUUUUCAACCUGAUUUUUGUUUUUACAGUUGGAAAGUGGACACAUUAUUUCUACAAAGAAAUGCAACAGAGAGACUGUUGACAGAUGUGUUUCUUGCAGCUGUGGUUCAUUGAUAGUCCGUUCAUUCACUGUUUUAAAGGCAUUUACUAAAAGUAUAAUGAUGUGUACAUUUUUAUUGUUCAUCAGAAUAAACUUAUUUCAUCUAUAAUA